AUGAGCAUACAAGUUAUAAUGGAAUUGAGGAGGAAAGGCGGUUGUUUUUUGACUGGAGAAGAUGUUGAAGUUGAGGUAACAUUCAAAAAUACCCAUCAAGAAUUGCCCAAAUCAAUAGCUUGGAGUUGUGUUCAAUUAUUUUGUGAAGCUUCUUCUCUCAACGAUAAAGAAAGUGUAAAAAGGCAAAGGCUAAAAACUUCUUUUACAAAAGCAAAAAAUGCAAUUUUUGCGUCUGAUCCAACACUUCUUUUUUGUGAUAUAAUAAUUAAUCCUGGAGAAGUAAAAAAAUUUGAAGCAAAACAUUUGAUUCCUUUACUUGAUGUUCCGCCUAGUUUCAAGGGUCACUACAAAAAAUAUUUUUGGUACAUUUCUUGUGCUGCUCAACAACCAGAAUCUCCAUUAAAAAUGUCACAAUUACCAAUUAAAGUAUUAAAUAUAGGUGUUGAUGUUGAAGAACCACCAAUUGAAGUUGAAGAGACUCCUAAAGAAUUGCUUGAUUGUCAAGAUUUUAAAUUGGAGUUGCCAAGGUAUUUUUAG